AUGUUGGACAACAGAUGGGUUGUGCCUUAUAACCCAUACCUGCUGCGGAUGUUCAAUUGCCACAUCAACGUUGAGGUCUGCUCCAGCAUAAAGGCCGUCAAAUAUCUUUACAAGUACAUUUACAAGGGCCAUGAUAAGGCUUCUUUCAGCAUCGACCAUCCCGACGCCGAUGGUAACAUUGAUGAGAUCAAGAGAUACGUUGAUGCAAGGUGGAUCACCCCUCCGGAGGCUAUGUGGAGGAUAUUUGGCUUUCCACUUUGCGCCAAUUACCCACCUGUCUUGCAGUUGCCUCUUCAUCUCCCGAAUAUGCACAGGGUCGCAUUCAAUGCGCAGGUUGACUUGAAGAAUGUUGUCGCCUCCGAAAAUAAUUCAAAAUCCAUGUUAACGGAGUAUUUCAAGGCUAACCAGGAACACCCUCGGGCUAGGCAUAUAUUGUACAAGGAUUUUCCCGGAAGCUUCACGUGGCAGAAGAAAAAGAAGUUUUGGAAGCCGCGGGUCGAGCGUUUUCAAAUAGGUCGCAUCGUGUCUGCCAAUCCUGCCAAGGGUGACCGAUACUACCUGCGUGUGUUGCUAAACCAUGUUACGGGCAAAACAUCCUUCGACGACUUGCUCACCGUGGACGGCGUUCUAUGUGGGAGCUUUAGAGAAGCUGCUGAAAGGUUGGGACUCAUCGAGGCAGACAACACGCUCGACAACUGUCUUACUGAGGCUGAGCAGUGGGAGAUGCCAUGUUCUCUUAGGAGGCUCUUCGCAACCAUCUUGGUGCACUGCGAGCCAAGCGACGUGUGUGGUUUAUGGGAUAGGCACCUCGAUCCUAUGUUAGAUGACUAUCGUCGAUCACGCACGUCCCCUAUCGAGGUGGAGCAGAUGGUGUUGCUUGACAUUAGGGGUAUGUUGCAGUCCAUGGGUAAAGACAUUGUUGAUUUCGCUCUUCCAAGCAUAGAUGAUGCGUUUGACCCAACCGAGGGUGAGGCAAGAGAGGUCAUCGAGGAAUCAACUGUUGAGUUUGACGUGGAUGAUACUAAAUUGGCAUCUUCCCUGAACUUGGAGCAGAGGGCCGCAUACGACGAGAUACUAGCGGCUGUUGAACGCGGUGAUGGGGGUGUAUUCUUUGUUGAUGGCCCUGGAGGUACAGGGAAGACCUUUCUAUACAGGGCGAUGCUUGCCAAGGUGAGGAGCGAUGGCAAUAUUGGUAUCGCUACCGCGACGUCGGGCGUCGCCGCUUCUAUCAUGCCUGGCGGCAGGACUGCCCACUCGAGGUUCAAGAUCCCAUUGAGUUGCGAUGAUGGAGCCUCGUGCAGCUUCACGAAGCAGAGUGGGACCGCCAAGCUGCUUAGGAUGGCCUCAUUGAUAAUAUGGGACGAGACCAGCAUGACGAAACGACAAGCGGUCGAGGCAUUGGACAAUAGCAUGCGCGACAUCAUGGGAAUACGCGACCGACCCUUUGGAGGAAAGACUGUUGUUUUGUGCGGGGACUUUAGGCAGGUGCUUCCGGUCGUCAGAAGGGGGUCGCGGGGCCAGAUAAUUGAUGCAACCCUACGAAGUUCUCAUCUAUGGAAGGGUAUGCGGCAGCUUCGGCUCAUCACCAACAUGAGGGCUCAUAAUGACACGUGGUUUGCAAAUUACUUGCUAAGGGUCGGCAAUGGCACUGAGGAAGUCGACGAUCAAGGCAACAUACUACUCCCUGAAGACAUUUGUCUGCCGUCUACAGGCAAGGUUGACGACCUGGAGAAGCUUAUUCACCACGUGUUUCCGAGUCUAGAUGACAACAUGUCUGAUUCAAAUUACAUGACAUCUCGAGCAAUCCUUUCCACGACAAACGACAAUGUCGACAAGAUAAACAUCCGCAUGAUAGAGCGUUUUCAGGGAGAUGAAGUAAUAUACCAUAGCUUUGAGACAGUGCGGAGGACGACCCAUAUGGCUACUACGCUCAGGAGUUUCUGA